AUGCCGCGCGGGUUCCUAGUAAAACGGUCCAACUUCCAACCACUAACCCAUCUAGAAGCUCGGAUCACGCAUUGUUUGAAUACGGAGAAAAGAAAUAUUGGCUCAGAAAAAGACAGUCAACGUCAUUGUGUUUCUCCAGGGCUACUAUCAAACGUCUCAACAGCUCUAAUAACAGAAGAAGACAAGGUUUCUAACUACCCACUAAUUUUAAAUCAGUCAGUGCUUCCCAUCCUAGCGAAAGAACAAGAUGAACCACUAGAAUUGACAACACGUCGAUGUGGCUCGUCACCAAAAGACCAUUUCCUGUUGGAUCAACCUCCUAUUACUCUCCCUCGACUGAUUAAGAACUCUCAACCAAUCCCUUCGUGUACGACUUCUAAAAAGAGGGCCCAGUCACCAAGCCUCAAUACUGAGCGAAAAACAAAGCCCGUACGUAAGGGAAAAUUUUCUCGUGGUUUGAUUUUUGAUAACGACAAAAUGUCUCCCGUUUCAGGGAUGUUUAUCCUGGAUCUGGACAGUGAUAAAAAAGUUAUUGGAUCCGGAAAACAAGGUGACAUUGACCCUAGCCUUAACCUUGUGUCAGUUAAUAAGGAAGCCAAGGCUGAACUGGCCAAGAUCGAGAACAAGUUGGGAGCUUACAUCUGUCAAUUGUGUAAAGAAAUAUUUAUGGAUGCUUUCAGUCUUGCUCAGCACCGGUGUUCAAGAAUUGUCCAUGUGGAAUACCGUUGCUCGGACUGUGAUAAAAUUUUUAACUGUCCGGCAAACCUCGCAUCUCACCGUCGUUGGCACAAACCUCGCCAAGUUAAAGUUUCCCCGUCAGAAAAGUUUCCUGCCACCCUUACAAAACCCUCCUCCAUCGACAACUCAGUUUCUCCACUAUCAGACCCAUCACUGUCAGAAUUGGGUACAGGUGAAACUAAGGAAGAACAGUCUGAAUGUAAGGUGUGUGGGAAGAAAUUCAAGCGACAGACGUAUUUUAAAAAACAUGUCCAAAUACAUAAAGGAGUAGCAGAAACGACUGAGCUGGGCUACUUCUGCCUAGCGGAUCGUUCUAAAUACGACAUAAUUCAUUCUGGACUGUUAUCUACAGGUGUGAUUUCACUUCUAGAGCCUCACUUACAAGAUAUAUUUCACUUGUGUAAGUUUUGUCCCAGAGUCUUUUACAGCCCAGGUGAGCUAAGCCAUCACCUGACUAAUUAUCAUCCUAUUGAAAGUACGAGAUUUCAGCUCCCGUCCACUGGCCCCCAAUUCUCGGCUUAG